GCCCCCUUCUCUGACUCCUUGUAUCCCGCGGCGGCGCUUCUCUGGAGGCAAUGGAGACACCCGAGCCUGUGGUCGCACCUCAGGGGGAAGAGGCGUCCUGCUCUUCCUGGGGGGCAGGCAGUACAAAUAAACGUUCACCCAUCCUGUCAACAGAAUCUGUAGAGAUUGAUGAUGCGUUAUACAGUCGACAGAGGUACGUUCUUGGAGACACAGCAAUGCAGAAGAUGGCCAAGUCCCAUGUUUUCUUAAGUGGUAUGGGUGGUCUUGGUUUGGAAAUUGCCAAGAAUCUUGUUCUUGCAGGAAUUAAGGCACUUACAAUUCAUGAUGUAGAAAAAUGCCAAGUAUGGGAUCUAGGAACCAACUUCUUUCUCUGUGAAAAUGAUGUUGUUAAUAUGAGAAACAGGGCUGAAGCUGUUCUUCACCAUAUUGCAGAACUAAAUCCAUACGUUCAUGUCACAUCAUCUUCUGUCCCUUUAAAUGAAACCACAGAUCUUUCCUUCUUAGAUAAAUACCAGUGUGUAGUAUUGACUGAGAUCAAACUUUCAUUGCAGAAGAAAAUCAACGACUUCUGCCGUUCUCAGUGCCCUCCAAUUAAGUUCAUCAGUGCAGAUGUACAUGGAAUUUGGUCACAGCUGUUUUGCGAUUUUGGUGAUGAAUUUGAAGUUUUAGAUACAACAGGAGAACCACCAAAAGAAAUCUUCAUUUCCAAUAUAACGCAAGCUAAUCCUGGCAUUGUAACUUGCCUCGAAAAUCAUCCUCACAAACUUGAGACAGGACAGUUCAUAACAUUUCGAGAAAUUAAUGGAAUGACAGGCUUAAAUGGUUCUACACAACAAAUAACUGUGGUAUCACCAUUUUCUUUUAGCAUUGGUGAUACUACAGAACUGGAACCUUAUUUACAUGGAGGCAUAGCUGUCCAAGUGAAGACUCCUAAAACAUUUUACUUUGAAUCAUUGGAGAAGCAGAUAAAACAUCCAAAGUGCCUCAUUGCGGAUUUUGGCAAACCUGAGGCACCUUUACAGAUUCACACAGCUAUGCUUGCUUUGGACCAGUUUCAGGAGAACUACAGUCGCAAGCCAAAUAUUAGGUGCCAAAAAGAUUCAGAAGAGCUGUUGAAACUAGCAACAUCUAUAAGUGAAACCUUGGAAGAGAAGCUGGAAGUAGAUGCUGACAUUGUACAUUGGCUUUCCUGGACUGCUCGAGGAUUCUUAGCCCCACUUGCUGCAGCAGUAGGAGGUGUUGCCAGCCAGGAAGUAUUGAAAGCUGUGACAGGAAAGUUUUCUCCUAUGUGCCAGUGGUUAUACAUUGAAGCAGCAGAUAUUGUUGAAUCUCUAAACAAACCUGAACGUGAAGAGUUUCUUCCACGAGGAGAUAGAUAUGAUGCCUUACGAGCUUGCAUUGGAGACAGUCUGUGUCAGAAGUUACAAAAUUUGAAUAUCUUCUUGGUAGGAUGUGGAGCCAUAGGCUGUGAAAUGUUAAAAAAUUUUGCUUUACUUGGUGUUGGCACUGGCAAAGAGAAGGGAAUGGUUACAGUUACAGAUCCUGACUUGAUAGAAAAAUCCAACUUGAACAGGCAGUUCUUAUUUCGUCCUCAUCACAUACAGAAACCUAAAAGCUAUACUGCUGCUGAUGCAACCCUGAAGAUAAAUUCUCAAAUAAAGAUAGAUGCACACUUGAACAAAGUAUGUCCAGCCACUGAGGCUAUUUACAGUGAUGAGUUCUACACUAAACAAGAUAUAAUUAUUACUGCACUAGAUAAUGUGGAAGCCAGGAGAUAUGUAGACAGCCGUUGCAUAGCAAAUCUACGACCCCUCCUGGAUUCUGGAACAAUGGGCACUAAGGGACACACUGAAGUUAUUGUACCUCAUUUAACUGAAUCCUAUAAUAGCCAUCGGGAUCCUCCAGAAGAGGAAAUACCAUUUUGUACUCUAAAAUCCUUUCCAGCUGCUGUUGAACAUACUAUACAGUGGGCAAGAGAUAAGUUUGAAAGUUCCUUUUCCCACAAGCCUUCAUUAUUUAACAAAUUUUGGCAAACCUAUCCAUCUGCAGAAGAAGUCUUACAGAAGCUACAAACUGGACACAGUUUAGAAGGCUGUUUUCAAGUUAUAAAGUUACUUAGCAGAAGACCUAGAAAUUGGUCCCAGUGUGUCGAGUUAGCAAGAUUAAAGUUUGAAAAAUAUUUUAACCAUAAGGCUCUUCAGCUUCUUCACUGUUUCCCUCUGGAUACCCGAUUAAAAGAUGGCAGUUUGUUUUGGCAGUCACCGAAGAGGCCUCCCUCUCCAAUAAAAUUUGAUUUCAAUGACCCUUUGCACUUCAGUUUCCUUUUGAAUGCUGCAAAAUUAUAUGCUACAGUCUAUUGCAUUCCAUUUACAGAAGAGGACAUAUCAGCAGAUGCCCUCUUGAAUAUUCUUUCCGAAGUAAAGAUUCAGGAAUUCAAACCUUCCAGUAAGGUUAUUCAAACAGAUGAAACAGCACAGAAACCAGACCACGUUCCUGUCAGCAGUGAAGAUGAGAGGAAUGCUGUUUUCCAACUAGAAAAAGCUAUUUCGUCUAAUAAAGUUACCACAAGUGACCUUCAAAUGGCAGUCCUUUCAUUUGAAAAAGAUGAUGAUCGUAAUGGACACAUAGAUUUUAUCACAGCUGCAUCAAAUCUUCGUGCCAAAAUGUAUAGCAUUAAACCAGCUGACCGUUUCGAAACAAAGCGCAUAGCUGGUAAAAUUAUACCUGCUAUAGCAACAUCCACUGCUGCAGUUUCUGGCCUGGUUGCAUUGGAGAUGAUCAAAGUAGCUGGUGGCUAUCCCUUUGAAGCUUACAAAAAUUGUUUCCUUAACUUAGCCAUUCCAGUUAUGGUGUUUACAGAAACAUCUGAAGUAAAAAAAACUGAAAUCAGAAAUGGAAUAUCAUUUACAAUUUGGGACAGAUGGACUAUACAUGGAAAAGAAGAUUUCACCCUUUUGGAUUUCAUAAAUGCAGUAAAAGAGAAGUAUGGAAUUGAGCCAACAAUGGUGGUACAGGGCGUCAAAAUGCUUUAUGUUCCUGUAAUGCCUGGUCAUGCAAAAAGAUUGAAGUUAACAAUGCAUAAGCUUGUGAAGCCUUCUACUGAAAAGAAGUAUGUGGAUCUUACUGUGUCAUUUGCCCCAGACACUGAUGGAGAUGAAGAUUUGCCUGGACCUCCAGUAAGAUACUACUUUAGCCAUGACACUGAUUAACAGAAGUUGUCUAAAAGUUAUUCCAGGAUUUCUUGAUUUUGGAAAGGGUGCAUUUAAUUCAGAAGCCAAGAAAUCAACUCGUAAUGCUAUGGAUUUCUCUUCGAGGAAGCCUUAAUUUAAGGGAAAUACCAGUAGAAAACUACACUGAAGAACUGCAAAACAUUUUGGACCAUGGUGUACACUUGUCUAGUGCUUCAUAUGUGGAUAUGAUCACAAGCAACUUUGAAUUGGAAUGUCAUUUUGCUUACAAAAAAUGUGGAUUUACCUUUUUAAGUGAAUAGGAGGAAAAAAUAUGUAUCCAUGACCAGAAUAGAUGAAAGAUCGAGGAAUUGAAGGCAACUAUCUGAAAACUUAAAGAAUUUAUUUGGUUACUAUUUGAGGCCCAAAUAGUGUCAGGCACCCUGCCCGUCUCGUGAUUAGGCUUUGAAUUUUAACAUCAGUGGGAAGGAGAGGGAAAAUAAUGGUGGAUGAAGAGUAGACAUUUUAAGUUGUACAGUUGUAGUUUAUUGUCCUGUUACCUCUGCUAGUUUAACCAGAGUUUGUUAUAUCACUGUCUCUCAAAGAUCAGGAUCUUUGUUGAUAGUGUCAGUAUUGUAAGCCAUGAGCAGUAGAUCAGAUGACACGUUAACUUGGACUAAAUGUUAAUAUUAUAUGGAGUCUGACAACUCUUUUAGAGAAUCCGUGAAUGUGAACAGAUAAAUGUGGCUAAUCAUUUGAUUCUUCCAUAUGCCUUCUAAUGUGGCCAUUUUAUUUAUUUGGAACUCUAAACCUGAUUGUCGUAGUUUAUAAGACUAAAAGGUUUUGUGAAGGGAGUGUUUUUAGAAGUAGGUGAAGAGUAGAAAUUAAAAAUUUAUCACUAGUUGAGUCUUGGAUUUGUUUUUCCUUCCUGCAACCUAAUGGACAGAAAACAAUUAUUUAAUAUUUUAUUUUAAAGAGAAACAUUAUUUUAUUCUGCAUUCCCAGAAAGGGACUUGAUGAAAAUAAAAAUUUAUUUUUUUAGGUCUUUAUUAAUAGAAACUUUCUGUCUUCUGAUAUGAGCUGUUGCAGAUGUUCAUAUAAAUGCUUUCAUUAAAAUGACAUAAAGUACACUCAAUACUGUAAACUCAGUGAAAGUAACAAGUUUUUCCUUUUUUUAUUCUAUUACGGUCACCCUCCCUUCCCACAGUCAGUCCCUUUUAUAAGACUGUCUUGUAAUCUAAAGUAAGUUUAACCACCAGGAGCCAUUUUCCUCCAGCUGCUUUUCUUCUGCUCUCCUGUUCAGGCUGUUAAUAGGUACUUGGAUAAAAACUAAAUUCACAUCACUAUUACUCCAAUUUGGUGUCUUUUUAUACCCUCUGCUUAACUUUCCUUUUAUUUUAUUUGCAAAUACUUUAUAUUACUUUGUCAGCCAGCUAUAUUACUUUUUUCUUUUGUAAACAUAUUUAUCCUGUUGAGAAAACAAAUUUCUUUAGGAGCAGAAGGUGAAUUUGUAUGAUUAACAGAUAAUCUGUGCAUUAGGAAGUGAAGAGAAGUGGACAAGAUGAAUUUAAAGGAAAUGGCUACCUUUUAAAUAAGCAGUUACUAUUUGGUUCCCUAUAUCCUACCCUCUCCCAUUGUGCAUAUCAGAAGUGUAAUGCUUAAAAUUAGUAGUACUUAAAAUUGAAUCCAGGAACAUCAGCAUUCUAUGGCUUGAACUUUAUAGGCUAGGAAUGAUAAAAGGACUUUUGUGUAAGAAUCCUUUUUCCCCGCAUUCAUCUUGUUUUGUGUUCCUUGGAAGUAGCUGAUAUUUUUUAGGUAGCCAUUGAGUAAUAGUCAACUAUGAUCUAAUAGCUUAUCACUUGAUGUAAAUUUCCAGAGCUCUUCAAAAGUAAGUUCAGAGCCACACUAUCAACACUUAUUUAUAGAGAUACAAACAAAAUCAACAGGGAUUAAGUUCAUUCUGUGAUAUAUACCUGAAACCAUUUUGUCAUUGCUUUUUUUCCUAUAGGUAAUGGUUAUUGCCGUUAAUUUCUUCUGUUUAGUUCUACUAAGCUGAAAAGCCAUGUUGAUGUUAAUGACAUUUUUUUUCCACUCUCGGUCUUGUUUAUUUCUGUAUCCUAAGAUUAACUGUUGGUGAUUGCAGUACUAGGUGCAAAAAAUUAAUGAUUUCAUUUUGUACG